UACAGUCCUUUCGCCGAUCAAACUGGUCCUACCAGAACAAACGAUGUAGAAAUCUUCGUUCUCUGUGUUUUCUUGCGAGCGAGCAUCUUUGCUGUGCUCAGCAAAGGGAAUCAAAGCGCCCUCCCUUCUUUCCUUUCUCCUUUCCAAUCCGGAAGACUUCUUUUGCAAUGCAAUGUAGCUCGCUGCUGUUCCAGAUUUUGUCUCCUUCGCGGUCUUUGCUCAAUCCCUCUGUUCUUCCUCGUCUCAAUGGCUCACACCAAACGAGCUAUCUAGCAAACAGUCACUAGAUUUGCUCUCCCUCCACAUCAAUUCGAUGAAAUCUAGGCGAGGAAACCUCGGCGCCAGGGGCGGGCGCCAGCAAAUCCUCCAAAUCCACCACCAGAUCUCUCAAUUCCCCAUGAUUUCUUGCAGAUUUGGCGCACGGAUCCAUCUGGGUCUCCUACUCCUCGCGUCCUCCAUCGCAAUUGGCACCGCCCAGCUCGCCAAUCCGCUCAAUUGCUCCGACCCAGCAAGGACAUGCUCUGCGUUCCUCCAUUACAUGCUCCCUGUGGAUCAAUCGCUCCAGGAUGUGGAAUCUAUGUUUGAUGUGUGGCCUCCAGCUAUCGCGAUCGAUAACAACACCAUGUUUGCUCCCAGCUCCUCCAAUCAAACCUCCAUCUUCGUGAAGAUCACUUGCGGGUGCUCGUCUUCCUCGCGCCUCUACGGCUAUACGGUUCGAAUCCCAUCCCCUCCUCGCGACUUCCAAGGCUUGGAAUGGAAGGAAGCGCAGAAUAACACCGCUCCUGGAUACAGCUGGCUUCUAUGUGGCUGCUCCAGUAACACCUAUCCGUACCUGGUGAGCCACGUGGUCCAGAACAAGGACACGCUGGCGCUCCUUGCCCUCCGGUACGGCACCAAUGGGAGCGAUAUCAGCCAGCUCAACCACAUCGACGGCAAUGGCGCGUUCUUGGCCAGCGGGGUGGUUUACUACAUUCCAGUGACAACACCUCCCGGGAGCACCGAGGCGAUCGCGCCAGGCUUGGAUGGCGGCGCGCAGGAGCAGCCGGUUUUUGGCGGAAAGAGAAGGAAAUCUCGAUUGCCACUGGGUGCUGUUGUCGGGAUCGCAGGUUCUGGGGCGCUCGUGAUUGCAUUGGCGCUGGGGUGUGCGAUUUAUUCCGCAAGACGAUGUUUCUUGCGAGAGCCAAAGGAGUUUCCAGUCGCCAAAACACCCGCAUUUUCCAAAGAGCUCAUGAGCAAAGUGACGAAUGUUGAGAAGCCUUUGGUAUUUUCCUACGAGGAAAUCGAAGCAGCCACAGACUGCUUCAAGGAGAGCAAAAAGCUCGGGCAGGGAGCUUACGGCUCGGUGUUUCAUGGGAAUCUUCGUAAUCAGGAAGUGGCAGUAAAGAGAAUGAAAGCUACCAAAGCGAAGGAGUUUAUGGUCGAAAUUCAAGUCCUCUGCAAGGCUCACCACUUCAACUUGGUGGAGCUUAUUGGAUAUGCUUCCUGUGACGAGGAGCUCUUUCUUGUGUAUGAGUUUGCGGAAAACAGGUCGCUCAGUGAUAGGCUUCAUGAGCCGCUUUCUAAAGGAUACACGCCGCUAUCAUGGGUAACAAGAGUACAAAUUGCUCUGGACGCCGCUAGAGGACUAGAAUACAUUCAUGAUCAUACAAAGCAGCAUUAUCUUCACCGAGAUAUUAAAUCAAGCAAUAUCUUGUUGGAUGGUAGCUUUAGAGCAAAGAUCGCAGAUUUUGGUUUGGCAAAACUAAUUGAACAAGGUGAAGAGAAUGGGAUUCUCACCCGCAUCGUAGGAACCUUUGGAUAUCUUGCUCCGGAGUACAUGCGUAAUGGACAUGCCACUACAAAGUCCGAUGUGUAUUCGUUCGGCGUAGUCCUUUUCGAGCUCAUCACAGGCCAGGAAGCGAUUUCAAAAAGCAGACUCCACAUCCCAAGCACCCCGGAAAGACGAUCGUUGAUCUCCGUUAUGCUAUCAGCGUUGAAAGACGCAACCCCCGUAAGCAUUGGAAGGCUAAGGGACGUAGCGGAUCCAACACUGGACAACACAUACCCGAGCGAGUGCUUGCACAAAGUGUCAGUUCUUGGCAAGCAGUGCGUGGAGGAAGACCCUCUGCUGAGGCCUGACAUGAAGCAGGUCGUGUUCACGCUCUCUCACGUUUUGUUUAACUCCAUUGAGUGGGAAGCUACACUGGCAGGCAACAGCCAAGUUUUUAGCGGAAUAAUGCAGGGAAGAUAGUUUGUGAGAAGAUCGUCGUACUAUAGCCUACUGGCUGGCUACAUACGACAUUGUAUUCUAGAUCCAUGGUACGUUUUUUCAAUGAAGGCUGAGACGCUCUCGAUCUUCUUUC